AAUAAAUAGCUAAGUGAACGGACGUGCGUGUUUCUUUUAUGCAUAUACCUCAGUGGCGAACGAGGAUUGGAUUUAAUUUCAAGAACCGAGAAUUGGCUGUUCGUAUAAAAAAUGUCCGUGGGAAAAAUAAAAGCGUUCGAGGUCUCGGCGGGCAAUUGGAGUACUUAUGUGGAGCGUGUGAGUAUGUAUUUCAAAGCCAACGACAUCAAGGCCGACUUGCAGCUGCCGACCUUGAUUGCCGUUAUGGGAGAAGAAGCAUAUGAGCUCCUCAGGAACCUGACAAGUCCAAAGAAGCCAGCAGACAUGACUUAUGCGCAAGUUGUGAAGAUAAUGUCUGAACACAUCGAACCCAAACCAUCUUUCAUGGCGGAGCGAUACCGGUUGCGUCAGAGGCGACAGGGAGAUAAGGAAACGGUCGCUCAGUAUCUAACGGACCUUAAAAAAUUAGCCAAGCAUUGUGAAUUCUCCACAACAUUAGAGGACAAUCUGCGGGACCAAUUUGUGUGCGGGUUGAAGAAUGACACAAUUAGACAACGCCUUUUUGCUGAGACUGAGUUAACCUAUACUAGGGCCGUACAGCUAGCCUUUUCGUUGGAAGCCGCCGAGAAGGACGCAGCGAUGGUAGAACGCCCGAGUGUGAGCGAGAAGGGCGAUGCGGGAGAGAGAGCCGAGACGGUACAUGCACUCACAUCGUGGCAGCCGCGUGGCGGUAAUGGCGCUAGCAAUGUAAUUUGUGCAGUGUGCGGAAGGUUAGGUCACCGUGACGUCCAAUGUCCUUACAAAGAUUUUCAGUGUAACAAAUGUGGUAACGUAGGUCACUUAAAACGCGUGUGUCCGGCAAGGAUGGCAGGUGGUAGUGGCAGCGGCGCCCGUGGCUCGGGCGGCGGCGCUCGUGGGGCGAGCGGUAGCAGCGGUGGCGGCGCCCGGCGCCGGGGCACCGGCGGCCGCAGGGGCGCGCGGCGCCCCAGUCGCGCCCUACACCAUGUCCUGGCAGAGGAUGGCGAGACUCAGUAUGAAGGAGAGGGUACGUCGGGGUCCGACGUCGAAGAAGACCUGUAUCAUCUCUGCCUAAACGAUUAUAAAUCGAUAUAAGGAGUUAUUUAGCGGAGGACUCGGGCGGUUUAGUGGUGGAAAAGCGACACUCCGAGUGCGUGAAGGGGCUACGCCGGUGUUCUGCCGUGCGCGGCCGCUGCCGUACGCGCUCCGCGAUCGCGUCGAGGCGGAG